AUAGGUUUCCCACUCGCCUGGUGCUAAGGCUAGCCUGGCUUUACUACGACGCACCAUCCUUUUUCAAGCAAAUUUUUUACGCGUUUCAACAGAUAACAGUGCGCAAAAUGAAAGAGAAAUCCAAAAGGUAUGUCGUGUUGAAUUUUUAACGCAUAGGUCUAUACUAAACGAUCACGCGAUUGAUAUGCGCUACACUCUUAUACUUCUACCUAAAUCUGUACUUUGAUAAAUGUAAAUCACAAGUACAUAUCUAUCGUUUAUUUGAGCGUUAAAUUGGCGUAUUAUAUACAGGGCAGAUCGUAUCGGAGUUAUUAAGCCUUGAACAUAGCUGAAUCUUUAACCAUUAACUGCUGUUUUGACAAGCCUUGUCAACAGGAUUUUCUACAAGUAUGGCGUACUGAAAAACCAUAUACAUCAACUGCCCUUCGCGCUAAACUGUAAAUCCCACGCUUUUGCUAGAAUAUUCCUCACGCAGAUGGCCAGUGUUGAAUGGGUUUGUGUUAACGCUAAAAUAAUGCUCUUGUUUAACUUCGCAGGAUGAAGGUAUUCUACCCCAUACUGGUAAUUGUUCUUAGUAUAUCAGGAACGCAGGUGAGUGCCUUGUCAAGCUCGCAGUUGUGUUGUAUUGUAGGCCUACUGUAUUCUUAAAUGAUGCGAUUUUUAGUUGCGCAGAUUAAUACCGUGAAUGCAAUAUCACACGGUUGCUAAUUUUGUUAAAAUUAGUUGCAAUUCUGAGGUUUUGGCAGCCACUAUGAUUAUGGGCUAGUUAUCAAACCACCGUAUAAAAGGCAGCUUCCUGAUUAAUCAAAACCAAACGAUGCGGUUUUAUACGCGCAAAUAGAUGUGUGUGAAAAUACUACUUGUACACAAUUGCAAAAUUUGAAAUCAUUGUCUUUCUGUAUAAAUGAGUUUUAACAAACCGCAAAUCACCCAUCCAUUCGCAUUGAUUUUAUACACACGGGGUCUGGGAAAUCACAGUGUAUUUAUUAACUGGUCGCUGUACAGUUUCUAUCAAAUUUAAACAAAGUGAUGCGUUUUUUAUACGCACAGAUUAAUGCGUGUGAAUGUUUAUCGCGCACAUGCAGUUGAAAUUUUGAGAUCAUUUAGUAAAGUUUAAAACUAUUAGAUUUGACAGCCAUCUUGACAACCACCAUCACAUGUGGGGUCUAGUCAGGCCGUGUUUCUAGCUUCCUAUACCUUUAAAUCUAAACCAAAUGAUGUGCUUUUUGUACGCGCAAAUUAUUACAUGCCUGAAAAAUCGUGCACAGUUGCAACGUUAUGAUGAUUAAUUUCUACUGAGGUGGUUGGUUCAAGGCUUUGGUAACCGUUAAUUGAUACACAUCGCGAAUGGGGUCUAUUUUUAAUUGCGAACCUCUCGCCAGAAUCUGCAUCAAAUUAGUGGCCUUUUUGAGAGUUAAAAAGCAAGUUAUUUUCUCGGGCAGUUUUCUUAUUUGAUUCCCCAGUAGUAUGGGAAUUUUUAAUCAAAUAUAAUAUUUGGCAUGCGAAUAGAUACUGGAUACGAGAGGACGAAAUCUGGAUUCAAUUACAUUCAUCAACAAACCGAAAACGAACCAGUUUCUACACAAAAAAAAUAUGUUAACUUUUUUCGACUUUAAAUCUAAUUUCCGCCCGCACCCUUUGGCAAUUUGACUCCAGAGAGUUUUUUAUAACGCAUCCUUCCCACCUCACUGCUAAAUUUACUUGUGCGUAAUGUAAGGUCAAGCGGCUUCACACAAUGCUGGCUUUGAGCCCGGACGCCAGUAAGACAACUGUGUGGAAACUGUCAAUGGAAAAGCGUUUGGCGUCGUUGACUGUGUGAUGAUUGUCAUAAUCAGUUUCAGCUUGACAAUAUGACCCUUGGACAGAAAUAUAUAGAGCUUUGGAGCCGCAUUGUUUGAAAAUAAAUACUCUGUGCUUGACCAGAAUAUUGCCUAUAAUUUACGUGUAUGUCCUAUGUGUGACAUGUGUAAAUCGAAUUAUGUAGGUGACGAAUAUCAUUACUUUUUCUGUUAUAAUAAUGAUAAAUUAGGAAAUCUUAGAGGAAAUUUCUUAAAAGAAUUAUCAGAAAUUAAUAAUUAAUUAAUAGUAGCUUUAAAUCGCUAAGAAAAACUAUCUAUUUCUAUAUUGUAUACGUCUGUCCGAAUAUGUAUAUGACUUAGCGAAGAUUUUCGCUGAUUUUACCGUAAUUAGUUUGUUAGGUGAAUGAUUCUGUAUUAAGUUUCCCAUGUAUCAGUAAUAUGGUAUGAUGGAAUUAGAUAUCAUUAUUAUUAUUGAUUCGGUAGAUGGGUCAAAGAUGAUUUUUUAAAAAAGUAAGUAAAGACCUUUGCCUCGACCUUUACUAAAGCCCCAAAGGCCUCGCACCAAUUUGCGCAUAUAAAAAUGCAUAUAAGAUGAUAUAAGAAGCUUCAAGUUUUAGUCACAUUGUGCUUGCCAAAUCUCAGAGGGUGACAGUGGAAUUCUGGUCUUUUUUGUCUGUGCCUAGCCUGCGAGCAGUCUCUACACCCGAAAGGUAGACUAUAGUCUGUGCGCUGCAUGCGCAACAUUUGUGCGAAAGAUGCAUUAUAUCUUGUUACAGUUUUUGACAUUAUUUUAAACAAAUUUUCUCAAGUGAACAGCUGAGAUAACAUCUGCACGAGAUAACCUAUGUACGCUGAUAAUCAUAACAUCAGAGUAUGCCACUGUGGCGCCGGAUUAGGUCCCAUUUUAUCAAAAAAUGUAAAAAAAAUCCAUCUAUCUAAACACGAAAGAUCGUACUAAACCAUUACCAGAUCGUACUGCCAGCUGCUUGGGAUCAAAGCAUUGGAUCGAGUGGAUAUCAGAUAUAGUUCUGUUUAUAGCAGUUCCUGCCAUAUAUUAUAACUAUCAGCGAAAUUAACUUUGUAUCGAUCUAUAUAUGAACACAAUGCUGACUUUUUACUCUGUCUAUUAAACACAAGAAUAUGUUACUUGUCCGAGGCAUACUGGAAAUUCCCAGUUAUUUUCACAAGCAAUGGGGUGUGUUAGACAUUGUUGAAACAUGUACAAAUAAUAUAAAUUUUUGUCGAUAACAGAAGUACAUAAUCAUACAAACAAUUUGUUUAAUUGCCCCUGGGCAUCUAACACUUUACACUUGUGUAAUUAAACCGUACUGUACAAUCAGUUGGAAGAUCUCUGUUCGUGUUUAUUAAUUGCUUUUUGUAUAGCCGCAGGAAACCUCACGGGAAGUGUUCCCUGAAGGAAUUACUGUAGACUUUUUUAAAAUUAUUUCCUUGAAUGAGCAUCGUAACUGAUGGUUACUUUUUAUUUCGUGUGAAAGUUCGAGGACUUUUUUAUGGAGAAAUAGAUACGGACCAUUAAGGCUGAUUUCCACUGUUGCGUUUUUCAUACGUACGUAUACGCACGUAAAACUCCGUUUAAAUGUUACUUAUGAAAUAACCAAAUAAACAAAGCAACAGAACUUAGUGUUCCGCAAGUUUUAGUAUGCAUUUGUUAACUUAUUUGUAAAAUAUUUAAAAAUAGAAGGAUUCAAAGUUUUACGUGCGUGUACGUGCGUACGAGAAACACAACAGUGGAAAUCAGCCUUAAUGUGCAACACUGUAGCGAAACCCAUCUAUACAGAAUUCCUUUUAUAAUUACUAUUUUUAUAAUCUGCAUGUCCUCGCAACCCGCUACAAGCAUUAGCCUUAAAUGCGCACACACAAGCGGUCUAAAUGCGCGUUUAAUCUAGACAUUUGAUGACACUUUAAAUGGACGCUUGCGCGCCGCCGUUUUUAGUAAAAAAUGCGCGCCUCACUUUAAGUAUUUAACAGAUUGUUAAAAUCAGUCGUAUGGUCACAGAAUGGUAUAGUGUUGAUCAAUACAAGUGCAGAGUCUGUGAGUUAAUGUGAAUUCAAUACAAUUACGCGUGUUGAUGGUUUGAAUUAAAGACAAAUAAGAAAAUCAUGCAUACAUGUAUUCAAUCCUGGGUGGCAUAUUCACGAUUCAUAUGAACUGAACGUUUAAUAGAGAGUGUCAAGUAUUAAAAUAGUCUCGAGUUAGUAGUUUAGCUAAACCAAUCUGAUAUAGCGGAUUGGAGUGUCUUGUUGAUGCAGUUGACCUUGCCAUAAGUUGUAAUUUAAGCUCAUCCAUAAUGGGCCAUCUAAGGACAAAAACUCUUGUAAAAACAUCUCAUUGCCACGAAUUUAAAAAUUGAACGUGCCACUUGUGUUUGUUAUAAAAUAGUACAGACGCAUUAACCAUUAGCCAAACAGAUGGUUUCUAUAAUAGUAUUUAAACGAGUUAUUUUGGGGGAAUCUGAUAUUGUGUGCAGCGCAAUUCAUUGUAAAUAUUAAUUACGAAUUGUUGACAAAUAUAUAAAUUAUAAUACUUAUAGAAUACCAAUAGAACAUUGAAACGCUUUGUAAAUACCUUAUUUGCUGAGAAUAAAACUGGCAACAACGAGUUGUAGUUUAUCAACUAUUAAAAUAUCACAUCUAAUUCACACAAUUUUACCCGACGUUCUAGCCUCUAUGGUUUAAAUUACCAUAUAUCACACAAAUUACCAAAAAUUACUUUAUUUUGGGUAAAUCCGAUACUAAAAUAUGUUCAAGUGGAAUUAAUUCACCAAGAUUCCAAUAUACGCCCAUAAUUAUCUGGAAAAUCUGCCAACAAGUGUUGUCAACAAAUCCAAUUUUUCUGGCGAAGAAUUGCGGCACGCAAAAUAUGCAAAUUAGCUAAAAUAUUCGACAGAUAGGCGUAGCAUGGAAUGAGGCACGCGCGCAAGCCAAUGUUUUGAGCAAAAUUUAACAAACGCGUUUAUGCAAUAGUCAAAAAUACUACAGUGACUUUAAGGUUUAUAAAAGCAAAAUCGUUCAUGUUAUUUAAGUGAUUAAAAUAAAUAAGCAAUAAAGUGCGCAAUUAUUUACUUUAAUGCGGAAAUUAAUUAGAAUUAUUUGCGCAAAGAAAACAAGUAGCUAUAAGUUCGCAUUUUAGUGAAUUCUUCGUCACGCUAAUAAUUUAGAUAUGUUAAAAGUUGUUAUAAAGGCACGGUCUCAGAAACGCGCAUAUUUCAAAACCACGACUUAGAGGCAUGCUGAAAACUAAAAAUUGCUAAUAAAACUAAGGCAUAAUGAGGCCGACAGAGAAAGGUAAUAGGUGAAUAAGUGCCCAACCGCGCUGGCAACCCCCCUUCCAUUCGUACAAAAUGUCGGCUGCAUUCGGAGACCAAAUUUCAGUCAGUUUGAAGUCUAGUCAUAUGUCACUUGGGAGUUUAACAACACAAAGUCUGAAUUUGUAAGACGCACGUUCGUCUUGUUUUUUUUAUAUAUUGAAGUGUCAAGGGAUCAAAUUUUUAAAUAAUUAUUUUUGUAAAAAAAAGCCUGUUGUUUACAAGGCAACGAAAGAAGUCAUCUGGUUUUGCACUUAGAUUGUUCAAGGUGGCCUCAAGAAUGUAAAUUCUAUUGUCUAUUCAUGUGAUUUUAUUCAUGCGAUUUACGCGAGAUAUAAUGCGAAACAAAUCAAUAAUGAAAUCAUAUUUGAGACCUGAUAUUCUCGCGAACCACUUCUACAGAUGGUACAGUAUUUCAAAUCUAUUUUAAACUCUUUCAAGUAUUUCACAACCGGAAAAAAUUAGCGUCUGUAUUCAGACUACGAAAUUAUAUGGCAAUCAUGUUUAGAUGCUUCACAGCAACCCGUUUCCUUCCUUCCUUUCUAGCCUGUUGCGCAACCCCAGUUCCGCUCUGCAAGAGUUUGCGUGAACUCUGGCAUUAUGGUCGUAUCAGUUUACAAUGUGUAAUAUAAUUAUAGCAGUGAUGCUAGUCCUAACCUUGCUGGGUAGGGUCAGGUCCGAUAGGAAAUUUGGUCUUAAGACGUUCGUGAGUCCUCUAAGAACGUUCAAAUGUGUUGCGGUCAAAAUAUUCAGUCGUAUAUGUGAGAAAAGUGUUUCCGGCUUAACUCUACUAAACAUAAUCCAAAAACUGCCCAUUGUACGAAUUAAACUCCGGUCACAGAUGCGAAGCACACCAUUUGACAAACUGUCUCUACCGAAUUUUCAGGCAAGAAAAAUUACAGUCGGGCGAGUUGCUUAAAUGAAAGCGACGCCAAACAAGCCUCACAACUUGUAUAUCAUCCAACAAUAAUAACAUGAUGUUUUUAUGGACUAGUUUAGUCUAGUUAUAUGAACACCUUAUCUCACUGAUUUGUUUUUAAAGCAAAUAUUGACUCGCACAAUGUGAAGGUAAACAUCAAACAUCGACUAACGACUUUAUAUGUUUUCAUAAUGAAAUCUACGCCCGUUUCUAGAAAGCAAAAACACGCGUCUAAAUCAGUGAGAUUCUAUAUUUUCUAAGAUUUUUGGCGUUUACAAUUUCCUCGAUUGAGUUAAUGUUUGGUACACAAUUUUGGGACUAUUGAAUAAUUGCGCAAUCAUACACCAGCCGAUGGAGUAUAGUUACUACAAGUAGUCUAUGUGGGGGACACAAUUACGGUUAUAGUCAAAAUAUCAUCGUUUUACAUGAAACUCGAGGGAGAUUGUCAAUCAAAUUUUAUCAUCAAAGGUGAACGAUGAUGAAACCACAAUAUUCCGCGUAAUUUAAAGUUUGAUUAGUUGAAAUUCAGGGCGAAUCUUACAUGCGUGUAAGGCGCGCGUGUUUACUAUUUUGAAAUCUUGCUAAUUGAAAAAUUAAUUUCAGUCCAUCUUGAGAAAAUUUACGGUAAUUCAGGUAAUAUAAGACAAAAUUGGACACACACGCUGUUGUCAACGGACAACAAAGUUUUAAUCCACAUUAGAACUGCAUCAUCCUCGGAUCAGUAUGAAUUAGAGUUGUAUUUACUCAUCGAUACACUUUUAUAAACUUAAUGAUGUACUUUCAUUCUUCAGUUCAGUGAACGCGGGGGGGGGGGGCAUUCAAACAAAGGAAUCUCAUUAUUUGACUCCCAUCUGCCUUUGUGUUAAUGUCUCGUGAGGUUUUCUUGAAACCCACGCAAGUUCACGAAACUAGUCCAGUUGGCACAUUUUAUUUCGAUAAAACACCCCCCCCCCUCCCAGUAGUCUUCUAUUAACUAAUAUCCCAAAAAACACAAAUCCUACAGUUUCAUAUCCAAUGGUUCCUUCUUUCUAUAAUCUAGAGCGAAUGGAGCGAUUCAGGAGUGUGGUCAGCCUGCUCUCGUUCAUGUGGUGGUGGUAUUACGUAUCAAGAACGUACUUGUGUUGGAGGGUAAGCAGGAUGUGCAAUAGGAUACGGGACUAGACAUACUGGGGGGGGGGGUUAGAGGAGAUGUUCCCCCAAGAAAUUAUUGAAUAUUUAGACCCUCAGAACGCCCGGUAAUGCAACUAAAAUUUGACAUUCUUAGCUUGCACUCACAUCCGAAUUCUACGUUUGCUUGUCAAUGCUCUUAUAAUUUACCUGAAAAUCAGCAUAAAUCCCGAAAAUCAGCAUAAAUCCUGAAAAUCAGCUUAAUUUCCUAGAUUCUUAAACACUUAAAUCCACCUAGAAAACCUGAAAUUAUUCAUGAACAAAUAUUGAGGGGAGAGGGGGGUAUAUCCUCCACAUCCCCUGUCGUUACGGCCCUGAAAGUGAGUUAUGCGAUCCAAGUGCGCAUGUUACGUCACCAGACUGGCGGAAAUAUUCUGAGCGCAAUCCUAGAUCUCGUCUUAUCUCGUUUCGCGAGGUCUGGAAUGGACGCGAGCUAGGGAGUUAAUCUCAUUUCCAUAUAUGUGUAAAAUUCCACUGCGUCUUAAAUGCUACGAGGUAUUUUAAGUACAUUGCACGAUGGGUGUCUGGGAAUCAAGAAAACAGCAAAUCCUUAAAUGCAGUCUGCAUAUAUUUUACGGAUAUGCUGUUCAAUUAAAUUAUGGACUUUGAUAAAUCCUAUAAUAGGAGUCUAAUCUGGUCAAAACAUGUGAGUACUCCUAGUUUGACUGUACCAAACACGCAGGUUUUAAAUCGGCUUUGUUUACAUUAGACCAAUAUUAGGAAUGAGCCUUACUUACUGAUAUAGGGAGAACAGUUUAGAACCGAUAGCGCUAUCCAGAAUAAAUAAAAUUAGAAUGAUAUGAAAUUCUCGUUUUUCCCCCAGAAAUUGUGAAGGAGAAAGUAGAACAUACAGAUCAUGUAAUAUCCAGGUAUGACGACAGUAAAUUUUAAAUUUCAUGAAAAGAGUGCUUAAAAAACGCUUUCAUGUAUAUUUGGAACGGUUUAAUUAUUUUAAUGAUUAAUAUCACAACACUAGCAAUUGAUUUGUUUCUGCAUGUAGGAUUGUCCAAGUGGUAAUGGUGGAUUUCGCAAGGAACAAUGCGCAGAAUACAACUCCGUUCCUUUUAGAAACAAAACAUAUCAAUGGGUUCCUUAUUCAGGUAAAUACUGCAGUAUAAAAGCAUUUUGUCGCUUCCAUCACUGAGAUAGUUUUGCCUCAAUCUCGUGUGACAAUCGACUCUAAAAACCCAAGGAGCAAUUUUUUUUACUUUUUCCCCAUUCUCUCCUAACUGAAAUCACUCCUAAAAAGUGUACGAAAACAAGAAAUUAUGUGAUUUUUUGUUGUGAUUUUUAAUAUCUUUUUGUGAUUUUUCUGAGGGUACGUGAUUUGAAUCAGUGAUUUGCCCCUCGUAAAAACACUGCAGAUUUACUGCCGCAGUAACAUUGAACCAAGGGAUGGCAUUAGCUGAACCUCUAGGGAGAACAGUUUAGAACUGAUAGAGCUAUCCCGGUACAAAUUAAGUUCGUUUAGGCUUCCCCCUGUAAGUAACACCAAACCAAUAAAUGCUAGCUCUUAGUGGACCUGUAGGUCUAAGGCGAACAGUUCAGAACUAAUAGAGCUGUCCAGCGUAUAGUCAUAAAGCUAGUUUAUAAGUUCUUUGUAUGUUUGCAUGGCGAUAAAACAUAUAAUAGUUUUGUUUGUGGAAACACCACGUAAAUUUAUUACUGCAAAGCUUUAGAUCCGUAAGCCCAGAUCUUCAUCAGUGCUAAUAAUAUGUGACUUGUGAAUUAAACAAGUCACAUAUUAUUAGCACUGAUGAAGAUCCGGGUUUACGGAUCGAAAGCUUUGCAGUAAUAAAUUUACGUGGUGUUUCCACAAACAAAACUAUUAUAAAGCUAGUUUAGUUUAAUUUUAACGGUAUUUUCUAACUUGAUAUUACCAAUGGCAAACUUUAUUCCAUUUUCAGGUGCCUUGGACAAUCCAUGUUCCCUGAGCUGCAUGCCAAAGAAUGAAUUCUUCUACAAAACAUUUAAAGAGAAAGUGGUUGACGGGACACGAUGCGCUGAGCAUUCUUAUGACAUGUGUGUUAAUGGCGCCUGCAUGGUAACCAGCAAAUUAAACUAACUUUAUUUAUCUCAAUCAAUCCUUGACGUCCAGUGAGGUUCAUCCCUCAUUAAUCCAGGGUUUUCACAGGAAGAAACAUGAGCACACACGCAAAAAUCUCACAUCUUGUAACAAGUCUGCCAACAAGCCGUCAACAAGUUGUCUUCGCACUGCUUGUCCCAAGUUGUCAACAAGUUUGGAACAAGCUGUUAACAUUUUGUAACAACCUUGUUGAUAUUAUCAGACUUGUUACAAGGUUGUUCCAACAAGUCCGAUACAGUCAUGAUACAGCAGUAUUGUUACAACCUUGUGUCGUCAGCCUUGUAACAUUUUUGUUUAUCAUGACUGUAUCAGACUUGUUAGAACAACCUUUUGACAAGUCUGAUAAUGCCAUCAAGCUUGUUACAAGUUGUUAACAGCUUGUUCCAAACUUGUUCCAACAACUGGGAACAAGCAGUGCGAAGACAACUUGUUGACAGCUUGCGAACAGAUUUGUAACAACUUGUUCGCAAACCUGUAACAACUUGUGCGUUUUUACGUGUGUACCCAAAGGACGAAGGUCUGUGGUGUUUGGUAGAACCAAACUGGAAGCACUCUUCUCACAUGUGACUGAGGUGGAAUUAUAAUCAGACAAUUACAUAUUGCAGGAAUAGGAUUCCUGUCGCAGAGUUGGACUGAAAUCACACGUAAUAUAGUGUACAGUAUGGAAUGUUGUUUCUUUUUUCGUUAAAGAAAGCAGGCUGCGACUUAAUCCUGGGCUCGAAUGCGAAAGAAGAUAAAUGUCGUGUUUGCAAUGGCAGGGGAAACAAUUGUCGAACUAUUCAGAAUGUCUACAGAAAAAAAGCAAAGGGAAUCGGAGGUAACUUUUGAAUUUUGAUAUUAGGAGACAAUGUUGCUAUAGGCUAUAGAAAACAAUGUUUCCUGGUUUUACCACCUUCAGGAAACACGGCUAGGAAACUUGCUGAUUUACCCACAUUUGAGAAACAUCGCUAGGAAACAAUAUUUCCUGGUUUACCAAAGGCCCGCUUAAGCUAUAACUAAAAUAUUUUCUCAUUGCCACCCAGCCUACGUGGAUAUCUUAGAAAUUCCGGCUGGAGCUACAAAUAUUCAAAUCAAAGAAGAAACAAGUUCAAGAAGUUACCUAGGUAAGACCAGAGAUAAUUUAAAGGAGAGUUAUGGACUAAAAGGACUAAUUAAACGAGUGAUAGAAUGACCAAUGUUUUAAUCAAAACUUGCAGCUCUAAGGACAAGAAGCUCGUUCAUCUUCAACGGCAAUCGUCGAAUCGUCAGUCCUUACAAGUUCAAAGCAGUGGGAACUGUUGUUGAUUAUCAGAAAAGUGGAUUGCAGGAGAGUAUCUACGUCAUCGGACCCACUGCAGAGUCCCUUUACCUUUCGGUAAGGUCCUGUUACAUCUGAAUCAAAUCAUGCUAUUUAGUUGACUAAUCAUUUAGUUAGUUGGCACUUUAGUUGGUUAACGUUGAUUGGGGGGUUAGAAUUUAGUAGAAAAAAUAGUUUGUUGAUAACUUGUAUGAUAACAGUUAAUAGACCUUUCCUCUUAUAAGUGAAAUUUUGAUCUAGACAAGUCUGGACAAAAAUUUCAUCACAGCUUGAAAGACAUCACAAAAUUAGUAAUAUUCCGACUGAAAAACGGCAAACUUCGCAAGGCUAUAUUAUCCGCAUUUGAAACUUCGGAAUAUUACUAAUUUUGUGAUGCUCUUUCAAGCUGUGAUGAAAUUCGAACGUGCGACCCUGCGUUUCCGCAGGUUGUGGUUGCUCGUUUGUUGUUCAUUGAUUGUUUGCUGGUAUUCGUUGAUUGUUCACUCACCAUCAAACUUUAGACCAUAGAUUUUUUAUUUACCAACGAUACAUUCUGUUUCAGUUGCUGUUGUUGAGCGAAGAUGUUGCUCUCAAUUAUGAAUAUUCUGUUCAUAAAUCUCAGAAAGUUGUCGACAGUAUGAUUACGUAUUCCUGGAAAGUUGGUGAAUAUGGUCCUUGCGAUAAAAGUUGCAACGGAGGUAGGAAGACUAUCAGUUUCAAACUUGAGGUGUUUAAUUAAAUGGAGUCGAAUAACUUGAUAAAAAAUUAAUUCCUCAAAGUCCAAAUCAGGAAUGCAAACAAAAGCCUUUGAGUUUUAUAGGUUUGAUUCCGAUUGGGGCAUUCAUAAAUGUUUCGACUUCAUUUGAUCAACUCCACAAGCCGUUAUAUUCUUCUUCGCUUUUGAGAACAACAACAAAAUUUGCCAGUUGGAAAGAGGCUGCCCCAGACAGCAGAACAAUAGCGAGGGACCGUUUCCAUCAGCAGUUUUAGUUUAUUUGAAAUAAUAACAAAAAAGUUCACUUAUCGAUUAAGGCACAAAGACUCGUGAAGUGCACUGUAUACAAGAUCGAGACAAAACCGAAGUCGAUGACGCCAAGUGCCAUGCAAUUCCAAAGCCCGAGGAGGAAGCCGCCUGCAAUGUUCACCACUGUCCGCCAAGGUAAAUAAACCUAAAAUUAGAAAAUAUAACUUCGAUGUUUCGAGCGAAGGCCCUUGUAUCUGUCCCCUUUAACAAAAACGACAUGCAAUGUUGUGCUUAGGGGCCAUGCAAAAUUUAUUGCACUCCUGGGCCGGAGCAAAUCAAUUUUGAAGCCCCGUUUACACUACGCUCAAUUUUUGGUACGGCACGGAUAAAAUUGGUACCCGUACCACUUUUUUGGUUCAUGGACUACCUAUAUUUUGAGCUCCGUUUACACUACGCUCGAUUUUUGGUACCGUACCACUUUUUUGGUUCUUGGACUACCUAAAUAGGUAGUCCAAGAACCAAAAAAGUGGUACGGGUACCAAUUUUAUCCGUGCCGUACCAAAAAUUGAGCGUAGUGUAAACGGGGCUUGAAUGUUAAAAAAAGCAAGCCCCGCUUAGAUUGGUGUGAUAAAAAUCCCCAGCCCCGCUCGGAACUUUGCUGAAAAAGUUGCUGCCCUGUGGCCUGUACUACUGUCAGUUUGAAAGAAAGCUUGUGCAGCUGUGCUUACCGUAGAGUUGCUUAUCAUGUUCAGCUAGAGGAAAUCGCUGAAAUGUGCGGGAAGUCUGACACGGCUACCCCUGCGGGUCUGAACUUCUUCUUGUAGCAGGCUUGUAGUUACUUGAUCUCCUUCAUCGGGGUGCCACACCUUGUGUGCCACACCUUGAAAGGCAGGCAGAAAAAAUCUUUGUCCCGCUUCUAUGCAGUUACAAGGCAGAAAAAAUCUGUGUGCCCCGCUUCUAUGCAGCUCAAAAAAAGUAUGUGCCCUUUUGCUCCGGCCCCGUAUAAAAUAAAUUUUACAUGCCUCUUAGCCCAUUCCCCUGUUAUGAGAGCAUAUCAACAGGACUUCUAUAUAAUCCUAAUAAAAACUUUUUCAAUUUCCUGAAGAUGGUUUAUUGGGUCGUGGUCUCCAUGCAGUCGCAGUUGUGAGGAAGGAACACAGGUGAGAAGAGUACAUUGUGAAAAAGAUACGCCAAGCGGAAUAGAAAUGGUGGAUGAAAAAUUGUGUCCUGGAAGCAAAGUUAUCACUCAGAGAAAAUGUGUCGAGUUAUCCGAAUGUCCCAAAUGGAAACAAGGAGAAUGGUCGGAGGUAUGAUUUAUUGUUUUAUUUUUCAUCCUUGGAGUAAGCUUUGAAAACUAUGCCGACGAAAUCUAUAUGAAAAAAUUACACUAAAUUGUUCUUCCUAGAGAUUCAGUACAGUUCCUUUAUUGUUUCUGCGGUAUACUACAGUACAAGAAGAAACCUAAAUUAAACCAAUGUUAUUUAUACUGGAUAGCUCUAGAGAAUCAGUAUAAAGACCAUCUUUUAUUUGUCCAUUGUUACUAUACUGGAGAAAAACGGAGUACAUGAAGAAAACCUUGUUUGGUCACGUCAAAUUGGAAGCAUUCUUCCCUUAUGCGGCUAAGACAAAAUGAUAUUCAGCUACAGCUGCAUGCUAUUACUGCUCUGACUGCAAGAAACGAAUCGUAGUCAUAGUAGUGAAAGGCAUACAACUAAAACACUGCGAUACCUUCAGAGACACGGAUGUUUCUUGUCGCCUAUUCGAUUGAAGUAACUUGGGGUCUUAUAUGCAGUAGUUUUGCAACAGGGCUGUCAGGACACCAAUACUCUUUGACAAAUGCGAAUUGAGAAAGAUAUAACUAUGUGAAACGCGAAUUUUAAAAUGCUCUUUCCAGCUAUGGUAAUGGAUUUCGUUCUUCUUAUCCAGAUCAAAAUUUCGUCUAUAACUCGAAUCAUCCAUUGCAUUAUUCCGCAGCUUUCUUGUUAAGCCGGUUUUCUGGCCACUUCGCCCGUAUCGUACCGAAACGUACUGGUGAGCAUGCGCAGAUUGAAGAGGUUUAUAAAUCCACGCACUUCCGGGUGUAUUCGCGUAUCAAAAUAAAAAGUUCGUCCCAAGUCAACUUUUUGGCGUACUACGGAAGUACUAAUCAAUUAACAUUCACGAAAUUUUAAAAUUUAAAAACGUUUUUGAUACGUUUCAGUACGCUUGAAGUGGAAAACCGGCUUUAUCGUCGUCGUCGUCGUCGCUAUCUAUACUGGCACAAACCAUUGGAGAUUAUCAACCUCGUACCCAGGGCUAGCCGCGACAUCAAUUCGCGCCAUCCCUGGGUACGAGGUUGGGAGAUUAUAUCAGUUAUCACUAAUACUCUUUUCCUUUCCCUUUGUAGUGUAGCAAGUCAUGUAGCGGAGGUAUCCGUACUCGUUCAGUUCAAUGUAUCGAGAUUAAUAGCAACCUCAUUAGUGACGACAGAUGUCCUGAACAUAGCAGACCACGUAACCAAGAAAGUUGCAAUGAAACACCUUGCGCAGUGCGCUGGGUCACAGGAGACUGGGGAGAGGUAGGUUUGAUUAUUUCUGUGAGUUUGAGUGGUUGUGUGAUGUCAAGAUGAGCUUAAAUGCAGAAGUGAAUUGGUGAAGAAUGCUAUGUGUGAUGGUUAAAAACACACAAGUUGCUAUAGGAUUGCAACAGACUUGUUACAAAGUUGUUCUAAAAAAACCCGUCUCAUUUGUUGGCAAGUUGCUGCAAGUCUGCAACGGACUUGCUACAAGACUGUUCUAACAUGCACUGCUUGUUUCCAGCUUGUUGACAAGUUCGUCAACUUGUCAACAAGAUAUCAGUAGUUUAUGUUAGCAUUCAGCUUGUUUUCGGCUUGUUGAUGAGGUGUAACACACCCACAGCAGUCUUAAAUUGUUCGAACAAAGCGAUUAUGUUUGCACUUCUUGUUCCUACUUUACUGAUAAGCAGUUGUUCGAGGCUUGCAGCAGACUUGCUAGAUUGGAACUGAAAUUACAUUUCGGCACUGUGUCAGAAUGGAUUGCACCGCUCUCAGUCACUCAGAAUUGAGUAUUACACAGUAUUUCUAUUUUCCUAGUGUCGUCCAUCCUGUGGCAAAGGAAUGAGAACUCGGCCAGUGUACUGUGCUAGUACAACACAGGUCAGCAGAAGAUAUCCAGAUUAUAUAUGUAAUCAAGAUGAUAAACCUGAACUAAUGAAACCCUGCAAUAACACUCAGAAAUGUCCUCCAAUGUGGUAUGGUUCCAUGUGGAGCAAGGUAGGGUGUAAUAUUUUGUUGGUAACACAUUAGUCAGUCCAUAAUCCUUUACCCUUUCUCACCAAAGAUUCCAUUCCUGCAAUAUGUAGUCGUAUUAUAAUUUCACCUCAGUCACACGCGAGAAGAGUGCUUCCAUGUUGACCCUACCUGACACCGAAGAAUACCAGUCUCAUUUUCAGAAUACCAGUCUCGUCCUGUAGUAACACAGAAAUGAUAAGAGAUGAUAAUCUUACUGGGCCUCUAGGGAGAAUAGUUUAGAACUGAUAGUGCUAUCCAGCAUAAAUAAAGUGAGUUAGUUUAGGAUUCCUCCUGUAGUAUUACUGAAAUGACAAAAGAUUAUCCUUAAUGAGAACAGGGAGAACAGUUUAGAACUGACAUAGCUAAUUAUCCAGUGUAAAUUAAGUUAGUUUUAAGUCAACUCUUCCUUUUUAUAGUGUACAGCAAAAUGUGGCAAAGGAAUACAAAUGAGGAACGUGUUCUGCGGUGUAAAACAUAAUGCGGAUUAUUUAAAUAUCCUCUCUAAUGACAGAUGCAGUCUUUUACCUCAACUUAAAAAGAUACAGCAAUGUACUAUUAGGCCUUGUUACACGCAAUGGAUCUCGUUGUCUUGGCAACCGGUAAGUAGAAAAGCUCCAGGAAAGGUAGGGAGAUGUUACUUAUCUUUCCUCGCAUCUGAGAGCGGAAUUGACCAUUUGCGUAAUAGACAAAAUUUUGAUCUAGACAAGCCUGGACAAAAAUUUCAUCACAGCUUGAAAGAGCAUCACAAAAUUAGUAAUAUUCCAAAGUUUCGUUGUGAAAUGUUGUAAAAUGCGGAUAAUAUAGUCUUGCGAAGUUUGAAAUUUUCAGUCAUUUUAGAUUACAAACGGGAAAUUGACAGCCUCAAAGCGCAUCGGGCUGUCAAUUUCCCGUUUGUAAUACAAAAUGACUGAAAAUUGCAAAUUUCGCAAGGCUAUGUUAUCCGCAUUUUACAACAUUUCGCAACGAAACUUUGGAAUAUUACUAAUUUUGUGAUGCUGUUUCAAGCUGUGAUGAAAUUAUUGUCUAGAUCAAAAUUUAAUCUAUGGCAAAUGGUCAAUUGCGAAGGAUGCAGCUCCAACGAUACCAAGUCAAAGACUUAACAGGAUGCGUCCGGCUGCUGUCAUAUGACCUAUGUCUGAUUACGGACCACAGCUAAGAUGGAAGGUUUAGUUUUUGAUGAGGGAGGAGUACCCGGUGAAAACCCCUGGAAGCAGAGGAGAGACCAACCACGACUAUAUCACAUGAAGUGAAAGCAAAGCAGUUAUCUAACCUGAGUAAAUACUCUACCUAAUUGACCUUUAGAAACAGGCUUAGCUGCGUAACCCAACGGUAGCGUACAGGUGUAUGUACCACAGAAUACCACAGUACCACAGAAUACCACAGAAUACCAGUCUUAUUUAUUUCUCUUAUAAAAUUUGAAGAAAAUACGCUAUAAAGUUUAUUUUUGUGAAUAUAUAUUAGUUUUAGUCUUAACUGACAUAUAAAAACAAAAAAUGUAUAUUUUCUUAAAAAUUCUUAAAAAUAAUCAGGAUUAACAAGAAGAAACAUUCUAUAUUUUUGGUACUGCAUUGGUAUUCAGUGGUACAUUGGAUACAUGGUACAUUUUUUUCCACAGAAUAUUCAUUUAAAAAAAAAAUUAAGUCUAUGAAAUCUUGCCCCAAAACCCCCAGGAAGAAAAAAUAUAUUGAUAGACUAUACUAAGAAAUAUUAAGAAACCAUAUUAUAUACAUUAGACAAAAAGAUAUGGAACUUGUAAAUUUUUGCGUUAUUCUGUGGUACAUACACCUGUACUAACCACAUCGGCCAAGACAAAGUAACUGACAAAGCAACGCGUAUUAGGAUGUAUUGCAGAUCAAUAGUUCGAAGAUAUUUCCAUUAUUCUCCCUGUAGUGUUCGUCUACAUGUGGUUACGGAAAGAGAAUACGUAAUAUCAAGUGUUAUGCCGACAGUGAAGAAGACAAGACAGGAAAGUCAUGUGAUCCCAACACUAAACCUCACACUGAAGAUGUUUGUAAUUUGGUUGACUGUCUUGAUGGUAGGUACUCUUUCAUGUAUGGUAUUAGCUGGAUUCAGUUAGCGUCACUUAAGGUGGAGUAAUACGGGAAACAAAAUUGCUGCAACUUGCAACAAAAUCUGAUUUCAACGCAUGUUAGUAGAAAUGUCGACACAUGUUGCCUUGUGAUUUGUAAUUGAUGUGUAUAAACAUAUUCAAUUAACAUGCAUAGAAAUCAGAUUUUGCUGCUCGUAUUGCUCCAGCUUUACAGGAGCAAGAAAAUUAUUAAAAUUAUAGGGACAAAGAGAAUUCACAAUAUUUUCAUAAUAUAUAUCUGAACUGAUAGCUGACAAGAUGAAACUGGUAUCUUACACCGAUAAUACAAACGGCUGACAAAUGAUCCUGUAAAAAGAUCCUUCCUAAGUCAUUUAUUUCGUGUUAUUUAGGUUCAAACAGCCAAAACACCACACCUCCACCAAGAAAACCCAUAGGACCAUCAGCUGACCUUACUACCCCAUCACGACCACAGACUCCAAGAAGACCCACACGACCACAAAUUGUAACCCGACCACAAAUUGUAACCCGACCACAAAUUGUAACCCUACCACCAACUGUUUCCACGCAAGCACCACAAAUCACGCGGGUUCCCACGCCGGCUACAAGACCAACACGACCACCAAUAGUGUUAAGAACAACCCAAGCACCUCGAGUUACGGCAGAACCAACAAGGGAGGCAACUAGGACGCCAGGACGGUUAUCAACCAUACUUUUCCCAACCACACAGACGAAUGGAGAUAAUAACAUCCAUGGCAUGUCCAAACCUGCUAAGAUUCUGCGAGGCCCUGAAAAUAUGGGUAAGAAUAGAAUAGAAACUUUAUUUCACGAGGGAAAACGUAUUAACCAUAAAAGUUAUCAAACAUACGGCCCUCACACUAUUUUGAUAUUUACAGGCAUAAAAAGUAUUAAAGAUUACGACUAUUUACAUAUGAGAAAAAAAAAUUAGUAAUGAAUACAAUUACAAUUUAGUAAAUAUUUACAAUUUAUACAAAAUAGAACUUCGAUAUGGUUAGUAAGGUUAAGCUUGUUAAGAAAGAUUUUACUAAUUUUUUGUUUGGCGAUAGUAUAUGAAGAGCAAGAUGGCGAAGCAGCAAGUUGCUUACUAUCGCUAUCUAAGCAAUUAAAAAGAAUGGAAGCACUGUGCAGAAAUGUUCGUUUACCAGAGUCAGUACGCGGGAAGGGGGGUUGAAGGUCAUAUGCGCAAGCACUAGUCAGAGCCCGUUGUCGAAUAGAAGAUAAGAAUUUAAACAUUUGCUUAAAUGAAGAUGGAGCACUGGGAUUUGUGAGAAUGUUAAUUAGUAAGAGAAGCUUCCUAAAUUUAACAAGACCAAAGGAUUCUUACUAGCGCAACCGUUUGAAAAAGUAAUUUUAAAAGCCAGGAAAUUGGUGUCUUAAAAUUGGACAUGGUAACAUGGAGUGUUCUAAGGCGAAUAUUGCUGGAUGUCCCAACAGGGGGUAGCCAAGGUUAGCAUACCAGCGCUAAGUUAUUGAGAUUCACCCUAGACAGUAGACACUGACCAACAAGUUAUGCAACUUCAAAAGAACACCAUACGUUACUUCCAUUCUUACCUACCUACCGGCACACUGAUUGGCAUAACCAUUUCGACAGUUUCAAACAAAAAAAUUUCCAUUAUUUAACAAAACCUUUGUUAUUUUUCAGAGGCUGUUGUAGGUAGUGACAUCUCAAUGCCGUGUGUGGCAACAGGAAACCCAAAACCAGAUAUCUUCUGGCUCAAAGGCAAUCUCGAUGUGUCCGUUUUUGGAAGAAGGUUCCAAGUUUUGCCUGAUGGAACUCUAACAAUACUACAAGUACAGGAAGUCGAUGAAGAUCAAUAUACGUGUGUGGCAAACAAUGCCAUAUCUCGGCGUUCACAUCCUGCCUAUCUCAGUGUUUUAAGUAAGUUCAUGUUGGUUUUCCUUGUUACAAAAUGGAGGUAGCGUGGCUCCAUGCCUCCCUAACGUCCCCAGGUUUUUAAAUAACAUGUAUGUGUUCUUGCAACUGGUAAGUUAUAUUAUUCAAGACCACCGUUUGGCAGUUUCUGCAGUAUAACACCAUUUCUGUAGACAUAAAAUUCAAAUUUUGGGGCGAAGUACAUGUAUACAUGCACCACGGCAGCAUUUCCCCCUUGCAACAGUAACUUCUAGUUAAAAUGAUAUUGGGUAAUUUUCAAGCCUUGAAAAUUUGCAAGCUAUCUAAACUCGAAAAAAAGACCCAACAAAAAAUGAGCAGGACAGUUUCUUUUAACUUUAAAAUACUCAUUAAUAAUUCAUAAAUUAAACCUUGUGGCAAAUCAUGUCAGCCAUAAUAUGUCACGUGGAGUGACUUUAUAUCUGAUAAAGCAUGUGGCAUUAUAUAAUUGUUCAUCCUGAUUAGCAUGAUUAUAUAAUGGUUCAUCCUAAUUAGUAUUCUUUUGUAGUCGUAUUUUAAGCUAUUCAAAACACUCGUUGUCGUGUUUUAUCAGAUAUAAAACGCUCGGCCCGUGUUUUAAAUAGUACGUAAUAGCGAGUAUUCAAUAGCAAAUACAUAUAUUAUUGCAUAAUGUCAUGUUAAAUAUUUUAUAAUUAGAAGACUUUCUAACAGUACUUAGUACAAAGCAGCAAACAUUCACACACGAAUUAUUUUAGGCGCACGAUACGACAUUAACUUUGUAGUGUGCUUAUUUUUUCUUCAAUUUUAAUUUCACGCAUCUAUGCCCUAUUGGAAAAUUAAUUCCGCGCAAAUUCAAAUACAGUCUAAUUCUGUGACGAAGGCCUUUCGCGCGGAAUGUCGAAAUGCUAAUAUUAUUAGGUUGUCAUAAGCAUUUCAUAAUUUUCAUUACCAUAUACAGUGCCCAUUAAUAGAUACGUUUCACGCAAUCCCACGAGAACCUGACACAAAGGCAGGUGGAGGGCAAGUAAUGAGAUUCUUUUGUUUAAAUGCCCUCAUGCAUGUGCACUGAACUGUAGCAUAAUGAAAGCCAACAAGUGUGUGUGUUAAUUAUUUCAGCACCACCGUACGUUGAUAUAUCCUUGGGUUAUACAGUAAAGCAAGGUGAAGAAGCCCGCAUUCAAUGUAGGGUCAGCGGCAAACCACGCCCUACAGUACAAUGGUAUAAGGACGGACAGCCAUUGCCUUUACAGAGGAAUGCAAGAAUGAGCGUUACAUCUCGAGAAAUAUACAUCAGAUCAACAGAACUACAGGAUCAUGGGAACUAUGAUUGUAAAGCAAUCAAUAAUAAUGGAGAACGUAUCGCACAUAUGAUGCUCGAUGUGAUGCCUGGUGAGUACUAUGUCAUACACCUCUCUCCUCCGCAGAGCCUCCUUAAGUAUUUACAAAUAAUUUACAUGAAGUUUCCUGAAUAAAAGUGAGCGCGCGCCGAGUGAUGGGAAGAUUGAAUUUUCCCUCACCAGAAAUUUCAUGUAAGCCUCUGCGGAGGGGAGAGGUCAUACACGAAAAGGUGUUACUCCGGCCACUCUAAUUAAGGGAUCGGAGUCUUGAAAUGACUAUGUUUCUGUUGUUUUGUGUAUAAUGCAUCAUGCACGAGAUACAUGUGAAGGAGUUUAUCACUUCGGCUAUUUGGAAUGCCCACAGUCUUACAUUGGCUUGUUUCUUUUUUAUGUAGGGCAGAUCACAGAGCUAUAGGGGAUCCCGAGGUCCCCGAUCACAUGCUCUAUUAGCCCUAAUGGUCAUCAACACCCAAUGAUGGGUAUUUAAAUUCACAUUCCGAGAUAUCUCUUUUUCUAGACGAGAAGACGAGAUUACAUGACAUAAUGAAUGGUAAUUGCGCAGACAAUGAUAAAUUAGAGGAUUGUGCGAUGGUGGGCAAGAUUGACGGAUAUUGUGACAGGCCAUACUAUCAAAAAGUUUGCUGUAUAACUUGUCGCACUAAGAAUAAAUUAUUAAACGGACGCAUGUAGGAACUGUGUAUUGCAUAGAAUAAAACUUAGAUUUAGGAGUUAUUGAAGCAGUUUUAUACCGCUAUAUUUUAAAGAUAUUAUAUAUGAACUGUUUUUAUGAUAUUUUAUUGAUACUAUAUAUAUAUAUAUAUAUAUAAUACCACAAUAUCAGGUUUGUGUUGCUUAUGGUUUCAAAACAGAAAUGUAUACGUGGUUUCUGUAAGCGCUAUUGUGCAGGAGAUGGCGAUCAACCGUUAAUUAUUUUCAUUAAAUGGCAGACAAACAAAUAAAUAAAAUUCAGAGAUGUGUUUCAAUUUGACUGCUUCUAUAACUGCAUGUAUGUGUCACCAUUUCUAAAGUUGAACGCCAUCUGCUGCCCACCAAUUCACGACCAAAUGCGCGGGUAACGUAAUAUCUGUUGAUAGCUAUAUCUCGAUAGAAUAAGAAACAAUCUGCUCUGUACAUACGUAAAAAUCUCACACUUUGUCAACAAGAUGUGUUAGCACUGCUUGUUCGAAGUUGUUGACAAGUCUGGAACAAGUUGUUAUCAUCUUGCUGCAACGUUGACGAGACCAAUAGACUUGCAACAAUGGUUGUUCCAACAAGACUGAUAUCGUCUGCAGGUAACAAGUUGAGGACAACAAGCUUGUAGCAAGUCUGUUACCGUUAUCAACCAUGUAACAAAGUGAUAACAACUUGUUCCAAGCUUGUCACAACAAUGGACCUUUAACCUUAUAACUAAAAUUUUGAUCUAGACAAAAAUUUCAUCACAGCUUGAAAGAGCAUCACAAAAUUAGUAAUAUUCCAAAGUUUCGUUACGAAAUGUUGUAAAAUGCGGAUAAUAUAGCCCUUGCGAAGUUUGCAAUUUUCAGUCAUUUUAGAUUACAAACGGGAAAUUGAUACCCAAAUCGGGUGUUUGGGUAUCAAUUUCCCGUUUGUAAUCUAAAAUGACUGAAAAUUGCAAACUUCGCAGGGCUAUAUUAUCCGCAUUUUACAACAUUUCGCAACGAAACUUCGGAAUAUUACUAAUUUUGUGAUGCUCUUUCAAGCUGUGAUGAAAUUUUUGUCUAGACUUGUCUAGAUCAAAAUUUUAGUUAUAAGGUUAAAGGUCCAUUGGGAACAAGCAGAUAUGCACCCUGAUAUCAGCUUGUUUGCAGAUAUGUAACAACUUGCGCGUUCUUACGUGGGUACACGGCAUCGCCACCAGAAGAUGUCGCGAAAUUCUAGUCGUAUAAAUGUUACCAAAUUAAGAACUGAAUAUUGUUGUAAAUAUAAGGAUAUAUAUCUGUAACGUUUUUACUAGGCUUUAUAAUUCUAGGGUCGAUUGUAUUUUGAAAGAAAUCCUGAAUUGAAAUAUAAUAUCU